AUGAAUUAAAAUGAGAAUAAUUCUGAAUCAAUUCAUACUAGAUUGAUUUCUAGAUUAAAAUCUAAAUAAUUAACAAUACUACCUCCUGUUUUGAUUCCUAAACAAAAAAUUAAUAAUUUUGAUGAACAUAGAUGGAUUGAUAAAAUUGUUCAUACAAAUGCUAAUGAUUCAACUCCUUAACAUGAAACAACUUAACCUGAUAAUAAAUAUAAGAAUAGAAGAGCCAGUUCACUUUAUAGUUUACAUAGCUUACCUAAAUCUUAAAGUGAAUUAUAAUUGAAGAUCAAGACUGAUAAACGACAAUCACCAAAACGAUCUAAUCAAUAUAAUAAGUGGUUUAUUCCUCCAAAUAAAAGAUUCACAGAUUUAUAAGCAGAAACUUAAGAGUAUAUUCAAGAAUAAUAUAUCUAAGAAUAAUAUCGAUAAAAACAAUCAUAAUAUAAUAAUAUGAUUAGAUAAUCAAAACAUUUAACAUAAUUUAUAAGAGAUGUAAAAUAAAUAGAUAUAUUAGUUCUAAAAAUAACAUAAAAGAAGUCCUACUUUCAUACACCAAACUUGA